GAAAGAGUAUUUUAAGUGCUCCGUUUUUAGCAAUUUAGUACUACAGAGCACUAGAUAAUUUCUUUUUUUCUUUUUCUUUGGAUUGAGAAAUGGGUCCAGAAUAUAGAUAUUCAAAGGAAAUUGCUAUUCAUAAUCAACGAAGACAAACCUAAAACGAAUGCAUCAAUAGAAUUUGUCUACUUAUACUUUUCUGGAUCAGAUCGAUUUUUUCCUAGCAGAAACUGAAAUGCAGAUGAUUCGGGCAAAGUGAGAUCUACGGCUCCAUCUUGUGGAAUCACAUGCCGUGCUUUCUUGGGCAGCGCAGAUAUGCUACCGUAGCCCAUAUGUUAUGUUUCUGUGAUCGGAUAGAAGCCAUCAAGAAAAGUAGACACAGUACUUGCGGGUAACUUUUGUGCCAUACAUUCAGUGACGAGUUUGCUUUCAACAAGAAAUUCUGAUGUGGUGGCGCCCUUUACGGAAUUCUAAGUGGGAGAGGGAGAUGUUGUCAAAUCUACAGCACCCGAUAUCCCAUCACCACCGGACUCCCACACAUCUGCUGCAGCUGCCAGUUAGACUGUUUACAUCCUAUGGGCAAACCCUUCUGCACGUGCCGACGGCAACAAUAACGUCGAUUUCACGCUGACGUUUGCUAUAUCGUAAGACAAUCUUCGGAUACCUUUCAUGUAUUACCGAAUUCACGUUUUGAGCUACACAGUGUGUGGAAUGUUGUUGUAUAUGAGCUAAUAAGGCAUGCUAGGGAGCUAGGGCCUUUCAUUGUUUUCCAUCUUGAGUAAGUCAAGCAUAAUUACGAGGACUAAAAUACACCUUAAGGAAGAGGGAAAUCAAAGAAGGGCUGUAGUAUGGGUAAUACCUGUUUUAUCAUCUCAGCUGCUAUGAUACUUUUCAUAUCCCUUGAAUUUUACGUCUUUCUUGUCUCUGGUAUUGAAUUGCGUGCACCAACACUCAGUUGCCUAGACAUUACAGGUCAGGGAGCACUGAUCGCUAAUGCGUCGAAUGCCUUUUCUGGCUCGGUCUAUUCGGCAGCAAAAAUUGUUCACGGGAUCUCUCUUUCCUGAAGAAAUCAAUGACAAACUCUAUAGUUUUGCGCAGCAGCACGGCCUCAAGAGCCAUGUUUGGGUUCCACGAAAGGCAUUUGAAAUUAUCCUUAAGCCUUUCGGUAUUUCUAUCUUGCCCUCUCCCGCCUUCUGUGAUGUAUCCGCCACGUUCUGGACUUCCUAUCUCGAUGUAUCGCAGACUUUGGGAGACGACCGCGUCUUAAUAAACGCAGAUCAUACAUCUAACCCUGUUUUCUUGGAGCAUUUUGACGAAUAUAUUGUUCCUCCCCCGAUGUCGAGAGAGGGUAGAGCUUCGGACCUGCCACAUGGAGGUGUUGUUUCACAUUGCUGGACUGGAAAGAGAUUUUUAAGGGGUUCUUAUCCGAUUGAAGAAAUUCCUGCAAAUCAUGGCUCUAAGAGUCAUAACGAGCUAAACUCAUCUGAACCGUCACAUGAUAUUGCGUUACGCCCUGCGUGCCCGCUCACGAUCACAGGUGCUCCCAUUUUAAAUGGGUCCAUCGUGCGCCGGCUCCUUCAGAUUCAGUCAGAAAGGGGUUACCGGAUGAAUUACUGGGUCAAGUCUGUCAAGAACUUCAAGACGAAACAUUACAAGAACGUGGAGGAACUCCCUAAUUCGGGCCAGUUCAACCCUACAUGGUGCGUUCUUUAUAAGCCUCACACGCGCACCAACCAAUCCUUUCCCAGUGGCAUUCGGCGCCUCAUGAUUCAGCGAACGGUGGAGUAUGGUUACGUUUCUCGGCUGUGGAUAACCAUGAGGGAGGCUGAGGAGCUGUACCAGGUCGGCCUCCUGCCUGAGCGCGCCCACGACAGCCCCCCUAUCCUCUGCAACGCCUUCUCUGGGGGCCUUGAUUUGAUCCAGUUCUAUUGCGCGGAUCAGUUUGAGGGUGGAAAUGCUUUUUUCUGCAACUAUAUGGAGACUAACCUGGCCGUGAGUGGCAUAAAGAUGCCACUGAACAAGUUAAGAGGAUUUCCAUUACUAAGCCAAUUAAUGAGGGAAGGUGUGCAGACAGACGGUUCUAGCGUAGAUGCCUCGAAGUCGCCAUCAUCCCCAAGUGUUUUGCGCGGAGAACUAUCUGGUGCGGACACCGCAAUGUUAGAUUCGGAAAGACACAUACGAUACAAAAAAGCGGUAGAGAUGUACUAUAAUAUCCGUCUCUUCAAGUUUUUAUCCAUGAAGGAUGAAAAGAAACACCUGUCUACGGACGAUUUGCGUGGGAAACUGCGGAAGCAGUGCAUCUUGUGCGGCUUUCCAACCCCACACUUCAUUCACUCGAAGGUCUUGGUUGACUAUGACCUCUCUCUAGGCGCUCAGGAGGUGGGAUUCAGACACGGUUAUACUCCGAUAGGGCUGUGGGACAAGUACACGUGGCUAAGGCACUUAACUUGGUUCAAUUUUGCUCAGCUAGCUGAGCCUUUGGUCGGGCUUACGCUCUUUUAUAAACACCCGACGAACUUUUUUACUGGCCAAUAUUUGCCUGGCACAACAGCGACGCAAUGCGCCAGGCUGCAGGUGAUUCAUGGGUAUCAAAGCCAUGAAUGGGUAACGCAUAGGACCUUGCGUGAGUUAGGAUGGAGCGUCCAACAAGGAGCACCUGGUAUUUCAUCUAUGAACAGUUCAUUACUCUGCAGAAUAGGUUUAUUCGAUCGCAAAGUUGUAGCUAGCAUUUUUUUUAAUCUAGAUGAGAUUCUUAUAUGCCAGAAAACUAAGGAAUGGGUACGAAAUUAUCGGCCAAUCGAUACUAAAGGUCGCUUGUUUGUCGACCCACUCCAGACACUUCUAAAGCUGCGCGCAUACGAACGGGGCUACCGUUCUACUGUGUGGGUUGUAAUAAGCCCAUUUCACGGAUACCGUCUCAAGAAGACAAUAACCCCUGUGCACAAGGAGGUUAAGCAGGCCUUGACAAGUAGUGUUUUUCUUAAGUGCCCAAUGGUACGGCAUGGCAGAAGCUUCCUGGCUAACGAAGAGGACGCUGAAAGUUGUUCGCCCGAGGAGUCUAUUGCCAUUUCUGAUAGGGAAACGGGCCAAUAUGAUAAUGAGGACGAUUUCCUCAUCCUUUCUAAUGAUGAUUAUGGGUCUGGAAUUCUCUCUCAAUACAGUGAAUCGCUACCAAUGAGUCAUCCGAUUUCAGAGGAUGAAAGUAUAUUGGGAGAAGUUGACGGCAACUAA